ACAAAGCUCCAAUUGCAUCAGAAGGAUUAAGAAAGAAGAAAAAAAAGGAGACGAAAAAUCGAAGGCAAAAAAGAUUUCAUUUUUAUUUCAAAAAGAAAAAUCUAGAAGAACAGAAGGUAAAGCAAAAACUAUUGCAGGUGGCAUUGAAAACGUGAAAUCCCAGCAGUGGGCCGACGUGUGGUCACCCGCGCGGACCUGGUGAAGCCAAAAAUCCUCCAAUUCUUGCCAUUUUUCCCCUCUUCAGAUUGUAAGACCCUCAAUUCUGAUACCCAAUUUGGCUUCAGAUCAACCCCUUUGGAUUUGCAGACGAAGAUCGGCUGAAUUGAGGAGCUGCAAUUUUUUAUUCCCACGAAUCUGAUUAGGCUUGCGUGGUGAGACUGCUUGGAGGAUAAGGCAAGCAUUGACUGAGGUUUUUCCCCCCUAAAGAACUUCGCAUUUCUUUGGGUUUCUGGGAUUCGGAUCGGGGGAUUGUUUCGAGUGGAUCGGGUUUGAAGCGCUUGUUCGGUGUGGAGUUGGUGAUUUAAUUGGUCAAUAUGGAUUCGAGUCGGAGAGCUGUAGAGUCGUACUGGAGGUCGCGGAUGAUUGAUACGGCGACCUCGGAUGAGGACAAGGUCACGCCGGUGUACAAAUUGGAAGAGAUUUGUGAAGUGUUGAGAUCUUCGCAUGUCAGUAUUGUCAAGGAGUUCUCGGAGUUUAUCUGGAAGAGGCUUGAACAUAAGAGCCCGAUUGUCAAACAGAAGGCUCUUAGGUUGAUAAAGUAUGCAGUUGGAAAAUCUGGUGUGGAAUUCAGAAGGGAAAUGCAGAGACACUCCGUGGCUGUCCGCCAGUUAUUUCAUUACAAGGGACAAUUGGACCCCCUUAAAGGUGAUGCACUUAAUAAAGCUGUGAGGGAUACUGCUCAUGAAGCCAUUUCCGCUAUCUUUUCUGAAGAGGACAACAAGCCUGCACCAUCUGAGAAUCUUAACAGUCGAAUUCAAGGUUUUGGGAAUUCAAAUUAUGAAGUGCCAUCAGAAGAUAAGAAGUCAUUUCUUAGGGAGGUAGUUGGUCUAGGAAGUGCAUCUAUAAAGCAAGGACUAAGUAAUUUUACACAAGGACAUUCGUCAAGAAAGAAUGGUGCUAGUAGUCACAGGGGUCCCAACCUUCAGAGGUCAUUGACUACUGAAAUGGAGUAUGAUAAUAGGUACGAACCAGUUGAAUAUGGCCGUGAGACUCAUGGUAGUUUGGGCACAUCAAGGAGUACAACUAGUGGAACUUGGAACCAGGAUUCUAGGGUAAGUAAGGUGGAACCUACUAAUGGGAGCCUGAGUUCUGGAUUUUCAGAGAGCAAAACUCGAGAGGAGAGGUUACUGGAUACCAUUGCAACAUCAGGUGGUGUGCGCUUACAACCAACUCGAGAUGCUAUUCAGGCAUUUUUUGUAGAAGCUGCAAAGUUAGAUGCAUUGGCGCUGAGCUAUGCUCUUGAAUCAAAGCUUACAUCCCCAUCAUGGCAGGUUCGUUUCAAAGCUCUCUGCAUCCUUGAGUCUAUUGUGAGGAAAGAUGACGAUGAUCAUUUUUCGAUCGUGACAUCUUAUUUCAGUGAAAAUCAAGAUGCAGUGAUUGGAUGUUCUGAAUCUCCCCAAGCGUCUCUAAGGGAGAAGGCUAGCAAGGUUAUCCCUCUUUUAGAUGGAGGGAAAGGAGUCCCCCCCAUGAAUGAUUCAGAGAAGUCCCUCCCAAGCAACACCAGUUCCACUAUUCAGAUGCCAGACUUAAUUGACACCAGUGAUGCAGAUGAUUACGGUGGAACAAAAAAUUCCCAAGAGGUGGAAAACAGUAAAAAUAUUAGUAUUAAUCCGUCGAGUACUCCAUUAGUAGACGACUUAUUUGGAGAUGGCCUGAACACUGUUACUAGCACCAGUGAACUAAAGAAUGAUGACGACCCCUUUUCAGAUGUCUCGUUUCACACUACUGAAACUAGAGAACAUACAGAUGAUCUGUUUUCUGGGAUGAAUGUUGAUAGUAAUCAUGUUACUAAUGAAAAUAAAAAGCCGGUCUCGGAGAAGAAAAAUGAUCCUGGAGGUUUUGAUAUUUUUGGAUCAAGUUCUGAACCUGCAUUACAAGAACAUGCAAGGAAGGAUGUUAAUGACUUAAUGAGUGGUUUGUCCGUCCAUGAAGAUGCCUUGAAGAGUAAAGAUAAGGAAGAUUCUAAGGAUUCACUAUCUGCAUCUUCAUUCUCAGUUUCUAGCCAACCCAACCAUCAGUAUCAGAUUCCUCAAGAUUCUUUAAAUGGCAUGUACAGUUCACCAAUGGUUGGGGCAAAUAUGAAUGCUACCUUUCUCCCUGGAAUGGCUUAUCUUCCUCCCAGCACAAUGUUCAGUACAGCCUUUUCUUCUCAGCCAAUGGGUUAUGCUCCCACGGGAAACUUCUUUGCUCAACAACAAUUACUAUCAGCCAUGUCUAAUUACCAACAGUUUGGGAACCCCAAUCUCCAAUCAAGUGGUGGUGGUGCGGUUAAUGGAGGAACUGCACCCCUUCCUGACAUAUUCCAUCCAAAUCUUCCAACACAAGCGCCUAGCUCCAUGAUGAAUAGUUCAAAGAAAGAAGAGACCAGAGCUUUUGAUUUUAUCUCGGACCAUAUUGCGGCAGCUCGGGAUCCAAAGCGGGUAGUAUGAAUUUGGGAGGCUAUAUCUCACCAUUGAGGUUCUUAAUAGUCAUUGUUGGGUGUUGGGCGAGUUAGAGGUGAGGUGAUGAAUGGAAACCAAAAUUCUGUUCCAGUAGAAACAGAUGACGCUCCGAUCGCAAACGAGGAAUACAAUUUGAUGCGCCGCAUAUUAUAAAUGGUAGGUGAUCAAGAACUAGGAAAAAUGAGAAAAUGGAAAAAGCAGACAAUUAAGUUGAAGAAAAUUGACAGUUGCUUUUGCAUAAUCAGCUCUAUAUUGUGGUAAUUCCUGGAUUGGUUGCGUUUCUUCCUCAGUUCCAAUUUGUAGAGUCUUAUUUUGCAAAAAGAAAAAAAAAAUGUAGUCUCUCCCCCUAAUUUUGUUUGGUUUUUUCGCAUGAAAUACUUGCAAUUUGUAGUGGUAAUGGUAAUAAAGCAGUUUGUUCUUUAUUUUUUAAAUGUA